AUGUUUUUCUUUUUGUUCUUAUUAAGGAUAGUAUUGUUAAAUGCAGAAAAUAAUUUUGAAAUUAUAUACACAGCUUUUAGUGAAGAUAAUUUCGAUAAAGAAGGUAAAUAAAUUAAUUAUACUUUAGGAUGGCAUCUUCAAAACAGCUAUAGCACAACUUUAUUCAGAAAAUGUGGUAAUGAGACUGUGUUUGGAGGUUUUUCAGCUUUCUCUAAUACAUUAAUUACUUACAAUUCAAGUCUUCCUCCUCACUAUUAAAUAUAUGCUUCAUUUUUAUUUUGGAAGUAUAUAUAUAAAAUUUUUGUAUUUUAGAAUAGAUAGUUGGAAUAAAGAAGAAAAAGAAUGCGUUUUAAUAUACUUUGAUGAUAAAUUAAAAAAAGAAUGUUUUUCAGUGGAAUAAGAUUAUCAAUUAUGCGGUACUUUUAGUGAAGCUGAUUUUGACAAAAAAGUUAUUUUUGAUAUCUAAAUGAUUCAUUCCUCUAAAAAUAUUUUCAUAAUAAUAACAUCAAAUUUAAAUUAGGGGGCAGAAAAUGUAUAAUAAUGAAAUAUUUAGGAAUCAUGGGGAUAAAAAAAUUUAAAAUUGAAAUAUUGA